AUGGGCGUGAAUGUGUUGGUGUGUCCCAUGAGACUGGCCAUCGCAGGAUCGAUAGCAUCAUCUUUGUUGCAUUUGGUUUUUGCCUAUGAUUACUGCUUCUGGUCAAUGGACGAGUCUGCAACAGACAAGUUUGCCGGUCAGGAUGUGGUCUUCCAGUGUCUUGGAGAGAGUCUUUUGCACAAUGCCUUUGAGGGCUACAAUGCCUGCAUCUUCGCUUAUGGUCAGACUGGCUCGGGUAAGUCAUUCACCAUGAUGGGCUCGGUGGACCAACCGGGCCUAAUCCCGCGCCUCUGCAGCUCGUUGUUUGAGCGCACGGUGCAGCACCAGAGGGAAGAGGAGAGUUUCACUGUGGAGGUGUCUUACAUGGAGAUCUACAACGAGAAGGUCCGUGAUCUGCUGGACCCCAAAGGUCGGCAGUCUCUGAGAGUGAGAGAGCACAAGGUCCUGGGACCCUAUGUGGAUGGCUUGUCCCGCCUCGCCGUUGCCAGUUACAAGGACAUUGAGUCCCUGAUGUCAGAGGGAAACAAAUCACGCACUGUGGCUGCCACCAACAUGAACGAGGAGAGCAGCCGCUCACAUGCAGUCUUUAUCAUCAUCCUCACGCACACACUGCAGGACCUGCAGUCUGGGACGAGUGGGGAGAAGGUGAGCAAGCUGAGUCUGGUGGACCUGGCAGGGAGUGAGCGGGCAGCCAAGACGGGCGCGGCAGGCGAGAGACUGAAAGAGGGCAGCAACAUCAACAAGUCUCUCACCACUCUGGGGCUGGUGAUCUCAGCCCUGGCAGACCAAGGUGCAGGGAAGAACAAAAGCAAAUUUGUGCCCUACAGAGACUCUGUGCUCACCUGGCUGCUUAAG